CUCUCUCUCUCUCUCUCUCGUUUCGGCUCUCUCUUUCGCUUUCGCUUUAGCUUUCGCUCUUUCUCAGUUGAAGGGAGGAGGAGGAGAGGAAGAGGAGAAAUGGGGUGGUUUCCUUGUGGAAGUAAGAGGGCCAAGAAGAAGGAUCGGACAGUAGCUUCAUCAGAGAGUGUGAAGGAUGUGAAGAAGCAAAGCUCAGUUCGACUGAAAAAGGAAGCCUCGGAACAAAGCUUUGCAUGGAAGCAAAAGUCAAUAGGAUUAAGUAAGGAAGCCUUAAGUAAUGGUUCUGAACAUAUUGCUGCUCAAACUUUUACCUUUCGAGAGUUGGCAAUGGCCACCAAGAACUUUCGACCUGAUUGCCUUGUAGGAGAGGGAGGGUUUGGUCGAGUUUAUAAGGGUAGGAUAGAGGGUAUAAACCAGAUUGUGGCUAUAAAACAGCUUGAUCGGAAUGGAUUGCAAGGGAACAGGGAGUUCCUUGUUGAAGUUUUGAUGUUGAGUCUGCUACACCAUCCUAAUCUUGUUAACUUGAUUGGCUAUUGUGCUGACGGAGAUCAAAGGCUUUUGGUUUAUGAAUACAUGCCACUGGGAUCUUUGGAAGACCAUCUCCAUGAUCUUACUUCAGAUAAGAAGCGGUUAGACUGGAAUACAAGAAUGAAAAUUGCUGCCGGUGCAGCUAAAGGAUUAGAAUACUUGCAUGAUAAAGCCAACCCUCCAGUUAUUUAUCGUGAUUUAAAAUGUUCCAAUAUUUUACUCGGGGAGGGAUAUCAUCCGAAGUUGUCGGACUUUGGAUUGGCAAAGCUGGGGCCAGUUGGUGAUAACACUCAUGUUUCGACUCGGGUGAUGGGAACCUAUGGAUAUUGUGCCCCUGAAUAUGCCAUGACUGGUCAGCUGACACUAAAAUCAGAUGUCUAUAGCUUUGGAGUCGUUCUUUUGGAGCUCAUCACCGGAAGGAGGGCCAUCGACAAUUCUAGAGCUUCUGGGGAUCACAAUCUUGUUGCUUGGGCACGACCGUUAUUCAAGGACAGGAGGAAAUUCGCUCAAAUGGCCGAUCCCAUGCUUCAGGGGCAAUAUCCUGCGAGGGGCUUAUAUCAAGCACUUGCUGUAGCUGCAAUGUGCGUCCAAGAGCAACCAACCAUGAGGCCUCUCAUCGCCGAUGUGGUUACUGCACUGACAUAUCUCGCUUCACAAAAGUACGACCCUGAAACGAGUACUGUCCAGAGCAUUUCUCGUUUGACUGCACCUGGCACUCCUCCGAGAUCAAGAAGGAAUAGCGAAAGAAGACUAAAUGGCGUAUCCGAGCGAGACUGAAAUUGAAAUCAUUUACCAAGUUACAGACGAUACAUAAUAUAUAUAUCUCAAACAUCGUAUGUCCGAGUGUCUUAGAGACUCAUUGCCGGAUUCCUGAAUUUUGAAACGGUUCAAAACGACAGGUGAGCCUGUGGCAACUUGAUGCCAAUUCUUUUAAAGAAAGCAAUCAUCUUUCUGCCAUUGUAAAUGUGAUUUUGCAUCACCUUAUUUAAUUAAAUGAAUGUGUUAGCAUAUUUUGUUAUUGCUAACAUUCUUAUAUUCCUACAUGGAUUGUAAUGUCUAUAAUAUAUGAUAUAUAUCCUGUCCUGCUGGAUGAGUCUUUGGAGAAACAA